AGCUCGGCCGCCAUCAUGAACUACACAGUAACUAUCCAGACCAGGAAGUUCAUGACCAACCAACUGCUUCAGCGGAAACAGAUGGUCAUUGAUGUUCUUCUCUCCGGGAAGGCAACAGUACCUAAGACAGAAAUUUGGGAAAAACUAGCCAAAAUGUACAAGACCACACCAGAUGUCAUAUUUGUAUUUGGAUUCAGAACCCAUUUUGGUGGUGGCAAGACAACUGGCUUUGGCAUGAUUUAUGAUUCCUUGGAUUAUGCAAAGAAAAAUGAACCCAAACAUAGACUUGCAAAACAUGGCUUGUAUGAGAAGAAAAAGACUUCAAGAAAACAGCGCAAAGAACACAAAAACAGAAUGAAGAAAGUCAGGGCGACUGCAAAAGCCAACGUUGGUGCUGGCAAAAAGUGAGCUGGAGAUUGGACA